AUGCCGAGCUCUAUGUUGCUGUCGACCUCAGACACGCUCGACUUCUGGUCUGACACUGCUGCUCAGCAGAUCGAGCUGGGACAGCAUGGCCCUCCUGCAACAGCCAUAGAUCUGCAACCAAAGACGAAAUGCGUCGGUGAUAAGAAGUGCUCCAUACCAGCUGCAGAAGCUGGGUUCUUCCUACUCCAAGAAUACCUUGUCGACUUCAAUGCUGCCGUACCACUAUUCGAUCGAGUCACCAUAAGUACCUGUUUCGAAGACUGCUACAAUGGCAGAGCCGAGGGCUCGGUAGUGUCUUGGAUUGUGAUGAAGCUGGUCUUGGCGAUAGCUCACCGUUUACGUGCCAUGAGCCCGCUUGGAGUAAGACAGGACACCGAGAGUGCAGACAUAUACCUGGCAGAGUCUUUGUCCGACCUCAGUGACCUCAUCAUGCUGCCUCCAAGCCUCAUAUUAUGUCAGUGUUACAUUGCGUUUGCGGUGGUGAUCUCAACGUCCUCCAAUCCGAAGCCAGCUGCAACAUUUAUUUCCAUGGCGCUACGCGUGACUCAAGAUCUGCGCAUCAAUGAUCCUUCUCCGAUAACCAACAUAUCACCAAGGGAAAGGCUGCAACGACAACGAGUCUUCUGGAUUGCCUUUCUUAUGGAUGCAGACCGGGGCUUGAAGGCUGGAAGAGCUCCGAGCAUGAGUCCCGAGCUCAUUACCAUCGACCUCCCUGCGAGCGAGGAUCCAGACGGGGCGGGAGAGAUCUGUGCGAUUGGCGGGGAGUUUCAGAUGAAUAUCUUUCGUCUGCGUGCAGAGCUGUCUCUAAUUAUGGCUGAACUAAUGGAGCUGUUGCAGACCCCGGAGGCGUCAAGAAACCCCCGAUUCAAUGGUGAUCUGAUGUGGCAGACUCUAGCGCUAAGACUGGACACAUGGCGGGAACAAUGGCCGGGUAAAUUGACGGUUAAUCAAUUGCAGAAGCUCCUCCACCGAUCAGAUUUGGUCCACAUAAUUGCGGUCGAGGCUGGGGUUUUCAGCACCUUGUAUCUGCUUCUAACGCCCCUUCAACCAGACACAGACUCGAAACGAAGAGCCUUUUCGCCCGAAGGACUGAAAGAACAACUUGCAAGACCACAGUCUCAGCAGCUGUAUCAUGAUGCAAAGCGAUUAGCCAGCCUGCUUAGCUCGGUCCCCGCCGGGGACGUGGCAAUAAAUUGGUAA